UGACAGAUGGCAGUCAUCCCAAGUGAAUGUGUUUCCACGGAAGCCAAUAUCUAGGAUUCCAUUGUCAUCCAUCAAUUCCUAUGCCCCCUUGGUUUUCUUUUCCAUGGGUGAAAAACAAUGUUGAAGUCUCCCGAAAGCAUCCAUGGCUAGGUGAAAGAAUUAGAUAGAUGUUUUUUUUUUGUUACAUUGAGGUGGAAUAUUCUUUCUAAUGGACUGGUUGUUAAGAUGUUUGGAAGUGGGAUUCUGUGAAGUGUGAAAUAUUGUCAUUUUCUUUCUCCUUUUGAUGUGCAUUACUAGCUAGUGUCAGGAGAGAUUUUCUGAUAAAUACUAGCUUCUUUUUGAGAUGGGGUAUAUUUCUUAGGGUUAGGUUGAGUUGGGUUUGCAGAAAUCUUAGCUGUCCACUCUCUAUGGAUUCUAAUUCAGGAUGAUUUAGAUCUUAAUACAAUUAUCUGUUCUGUGCAGCGGAAAUGGUAAGAAGGCAAGCUUUAUUCCUUGGUGACUCAGAGCUGCAGCAACUGCUUCACAUCUUCAGGAAGGCUGUCAAACUUUUGACUCCUGGAGGGAACAUGCUGGAGUUGGGUCAUGAGCUACGCUUACCCUUUGUUAAUUGGGUUAUAACAAACCAGGUAAAGAUUUGGGAAGACAGGAAGGCAUUGCCACUUUUAAUAUUGAGGCCACAUGAUGACGAACCUAUUAACUCAGUUACAUUCUUGACAGUGCCUCAUCACCCUGAUCACAUAGUUCUUAUCACAAUGGGGUAUUACUCAAUGGCUAAACAGCCAUCGGACUUUGAGGUUCUCAAUCAGGGAAUUUGUGUUCUUUUUCUGAGGGAUGCUGAAACAAAUGAAAACGCCGACUGCUGUAUUGUUGAGAAGAGAAGAAAUGGAUGGAUAAAUUGGGUCUUUUAGCAAAUUUCUUCUGUUCAUUUUGGAUUUUUUUUAUUUUGUAUGUAAUCUAUUUUAUUCAUUCUGGUUUAUUUGUAAACUCUUUUUUACUGCCUUGCCAAAAAAGGAUGAUUGAAAUUCGGCAUUUUCCCCAGAAUUUUAUCACUGAUCUGGGUUUUGUCAUUUUUGAAGGUCAGGAUAAGAUUGUUGAUUUUGAGAUGAAGCUCAUGGACAUUGACAACAAGCAUCUUGGAAUUCCAAAAGCAGAGUAUCAUGCCAUUGUAAAGAUGCCAUCAGCUGAGUUCUCAAGGAUUUGCAAGGACCUCAGCAGCAUUGGAGAUACUGGUAUCAUCAUCAUCAUUGCAUGAGUUAGUAUUGAGAUACUUCCGUACACAUAAUACUGUGUACUGAAUUCACCCACCAUCCAUUGGCUGAAAUUU